AUGCCGAGUGUGACAUGUUCGGCCUCUAUAUGGUUCACUCGGUUCGAUUUUGUGAGGCUUUUUUUCAAAAACAAGAACAACCGUGUCUUGUCUGCUUUGGUCGCUUGUCUGCUGCCGUUGAGCAUCAGCGCUCCUCGCGACCGACAGGGCUUUGCAUUUCUACAAGCUCAACUACCUGAGGUACAUACUACUGCGGACUGGCUUGCAAACUCUGCUUGCCUGCAUCGCCAUAUACCCCAGCUGUACGAUCUUGUCACUGCGAUUCCAAGUCUGACGAUCCGGGAUGACGCAGCUAAGAUGAGCAGAGUCUUCAGACAACUAUGCUACACUAAUAAAAUCACUCUUGGUAUACCGGUAGCAGGCGAAAAUUCAUUCUCGCUUUGGGAAUCCAGCGCGGAUGUCUGCUCAUACGUAAAGGUCUAA